UGCUGCGGCAGCCCGCGGGCGGUCGGGCCGGUGCGUGCUCCCCCCACGGAAGGGAAGGUCGCCGGGCCGGGCAGCCCCGCCGGGGGCUGGGCCGAGGCGGGAGGGAGGCGGUGGCGGCCUCGUGACGCUCCUGCCGGAGAGCAAAACCAAAGCGAAGGGGCGGCAACGGGGCCCAGCACGAUGCAGCCCACUCCCGCCUGCCGCGGGGGCCGGCCGGGCCGCUCACCUGCUCCGCGGAGGGACGGCCGGGGGCGGGGGAAGCGCACACAGACCCGACCCCCAGCACCGCCGCAGGGUCUGCCAAGGGCAGCGGCUGCCGGGUCCCCCCGGGCCUGCGGGCGGCGCCGGCUGCGGCGCGGCGGUUGUGGCGGCCUGCAGGGGCAGCGCUGCCGCGCGUGUGUGCGCCGGUGCGGGGGGGAGCCCGCCCGCCCCGGGCUUGGUGACACGGCGGCCGGGGCGCAGCGAUGUCGCUGCCCGCGCUGGCGCGGCGCGGCCCGGCACGGCGGUGCGCGGGGGUGAGUGACCCCGGCCGGCCAAGGAUGAUUACGAACACGCGGGGCUUCCUGUGGUCGGAUCUGGAGACGCGGGCGCUGCUGGAGAUCUGGGGCGAGGCGGACGUGCAGUCGGCGCUGGACGGCAACUUUCGGAACAGCCAUGUGUACCGGGACGUGGCGUGCCGCCUGGCCGAGCUGGGCUUCGAGCGCACCCCCGAGCAGUGCCGCAUCCGCAUCAAGGGCCUCAAGCGGCAGUACUACCAGGCCCGGGACGGGCUGAAGAAGAACGGGCACGCCCGCAAGAUAUGCAAGUACUACGACGAGAUGGACCGGAUCCUCAGCUGCCGGGGAGGGCCCGACGGCGCCCCCGAGCCGCUGGCCCCGCCGCCCGACGGCGCCCAGCCGCCCGCGGGGCCGCUGGCCGCGCCGCCCACGCCGGGCACGCCGCACAACAGCCGCGAGCUGGACGCCGAUCUGGACGAGGACGCUGGGCCGGAGUCCCCCCGGGACAACUUCACCGAGGAUUCCGGCGAGUGCUCUUCCUAUGCCGACCACCCCAUCAAGGUGGAGUGCCCGUCCUUCGCCAUCCCCGUCCCGCCGGGUGACGGCUUUAAAGAAGUCAAUGCUCCAACUAUUACCCCACCUCUCAAUCAGCCCAAAAGAUCAAAAAAACGCCAUACCAAUUUAACACUGGAUAAAAUGAUGGAAAAAUUCCUGCAGCAGAGCAUGGAUACAGACGAGAAAUUUUACAGAUUCGAAGAGCAGAGGCUCAAAAUUGAGGACAAGCGUCGGGAAGCUGAGCAUGCUCGAGAACUCCAGAUGUUACAGAUGUUGGGACAGAUGUUGGCUGGAAUUUCUUCUACGGUAUCACAAAGGUCACAAUCUAUACCAACAAGUCCCCCUCGGAGAGCGAACCAUCGUUCAUAUGCGGAUAACUUUAAUUACAAUGCUAUGACAGCAACACUUUCUCCACCGAUAGUUAUAGAGAGGUCUUUUUCACUGCACAGAACUCACACUCUGAAGGAUAUGGAGAAUAUUUUUCAGCUGGUGCGCAAUGUUAUCCCUCCUCUAACAGGGAAAAAGCAUAAAGGUCAAGAUGGUCGUAUAGGCAUUGUUGGAGGAUGUCGAGAAUACACUGGAGCACCAUAUUUUGCAGCAAUUACAGCUCUCAAAGUGGGUGCAGAUUUAUCCCACGUGUUUUGUACCAAAGAUGCAGCAACAGUAAUCAAAUCAUAUAGUCCAGAGCUGAUUGUUCAUCCCGUUCUUGAUAGUCCCAAUGCUGUCCAUGAGGUGGAAAAGUGGUUACCACGGCUGCACUCGGUUGUCAUAGGACCUGGCUUAGGCAGAGAUGAAGUUCUGCUUGAGAACGCUAAGGGUAUCAUAGAGAAAUCGAAAGUGAAAGGAAUUCCUAUCAUUAUUGAUGCAGAUGGACUGUGGCUCAUUUCCCAGCAACCUUCUCUUAUUCAAGGCUACCAGCGAGCUAUUCUUACUCCAAACUAUAUGGAGUUCAGUAGACUGUAUGAAGCCAUGCUUAGAGACCCUGUAGACAGUAGUGAUCAUCAUGGAUGUGUACUAAGACUCAGCCAAGCCAUGGGGAAUUUGACAGUUGUGCAAAAGGGAGAAAGAGAUCUUAUUUCAGAUGGAGAGAAGGUACUUGUGUGCAGUCACGAAGGAAGCAGCCGGAGAUGUGGUGGACAGGGGGACCUCCUUUCUGGUUCUCUUGGAGUCUUGGCACACUGGGCAUUUGUUGCUGGAGCUGAAAAAACAAAUGGUCAAAAUCCCUUUCUAGUGGCUGCAUUUGGAGCUUGCUCUCUCACAAGGCAGUCUAACCACCAAGCGUUUCAAAAAUUCGGACGUUCAAUGACAGCCUCUGACAUGGUUUCAGAAGUUGGAACAGCUUUUAACAAACUUUUUGAAACCUGAAGCCAAAGCAGCAAAGAGGAAAAGAACAAUGACUGCAAGAGUAAUUCCAUGUACCGUAGAAUUUACAUAACGAACCUUUUCAAGUGCUGUAGCAGCAUUGGUAUGUUAGGUAGAUUUUUUUAUUUUUAAGAAUAGAAAAAUAUGAUUAAUGUAGAUAUUUUUUAAGAGUUUGGAAUACAAAAAUGUUUCGGCUGAAAUAAGCUGUAGUUGCAGAUCUGUUAUAAUAUAAUAAAACUAAACUGAAAGUAUUCCUCUGUUCUUUUUGAUAGUUAUUGAGCAAUAACUAAAGUGUGAACAGCAAAAAAAAUGCACUUGAUAUUUAGAUAAAAUUCUUCCACCAGCUCAACUGAAUUUCUUGGAUUUCACCAAGGUUAUCACUCGUCAUUCUUAGACCCUCUGUCUAGAAUUAGCUAUUGCACUUCAUUUUUUGCCGUGCUAUUAGAGUAAGAAGCAAAAAGUAAGCCUUUUUGGAAAGGGAAUGCAUGAGAGUUGCUGUAGAUUUUGAAUGUAAUUAGUUGCCUUUUCCUAUUGCCAGUCCUAGAGGCAGCAUUCAUUUAGACAAGGCAUCCCUUCCUGCAAUGUCUUGUUAUUUUUAUUUAAAAGGUUCCCCCUUGGCAGAAUAAAGAUACACUAUAGGUAUCUUGGCAGUAAAAUUCAUUAAACAAUAAUUAGGCUUACCUGGAAAAGAAAUAAGUUUCUGAUUCUUUUUCUGGUCUUGACUCAAUACAAUGAAUUUGUGAAAUUGUCAUUUGGAGAGGUACUAGGUGGGGCAAGAAACUCGGUGAUACCCAGCAGAACUGGUUCAGCUCUCAGUGAUCAUGGAAGAGUGAAGUGCUUCUAAACUCCAGUUGCCUGCUGGGUUAGAGCUCAGAGCAGCCCAGCACACAGAUCUGUAGGUGGACAGCGAUGAGCCAGUGGGAAUACAGAUUGAAGGAACAAAAGGCAGCCCACGGCUCGUACCUGUAUCUCCACAGCAGAGUGCAGGCAGCAUGUGCUACAAGUGGAAGGCAGGAACAGAAACAGGGUCGUCGGUGUUUGAGCUUCAGGUGCAGUCCUUAGUACUGCAUAAAGCAGGAGUUUUUAGAGCAAAAAGUAUAGAGGCUUUUACUUGAUCUUUGCAGGACAGACAGACACUGCCAGGGCCACACUGAUCUGGUGCACUGGCAGAGCAGGCAAGCAUUAGGUGUAAAGCAGAACUUCCAUAGGAUUUUGCACAGGACCAUUCCUUAAAUUUUUGGAGACUUAGUCAAAGCUUGUAGAGAUUGAACCUGAUUGGAGAGGGAGGCAAGUUCAUGCAAAGUAUAUUUAAAUGGGUGCUGCCUUUGACCCUCCAAUCCAGCUCCAAGUGCUGCUGCUCAUUAAAGUGCCGGAACAAGCACGUAACACAUCCAGUUACUGCAGUAGAUGUUACCUGUUCAGCACAGCCAGCCCUGUGGUGCUCUCAGCUGGAAUGUAGUGUCUCACAGACCAGUCAGACUGUUCUCAUUCCUUCCAAUAGCUGCCUGCAGAAAGCACCUGGAAUCAGAAAGCUUACUCCAAUCAUUUCCCUUCAGCCCUUAGAGUUGGUAUUUAUGGAUGCACUGUGACUACUACCUCACCCUGAUGCAUUUUUCUUUUUAAACCAGUUACCUAUUUUUAAAAUAGGUUUUUAAGUGUUUGCUUGUGUUGCUCUAUGAGGGUUCACAAACUACUCUUAAGAAAUGAGGUUUUAGUGUUUAAUUUAAGCAGUUUUGUAAACUGUCUGCAUAUUUGGGGAAACUUAAGCUAUUAUUAACCCCCCUUAAAUGUAUUUGAGAAACCUGACUACUUUUAAAAGAAAUCAGAAUGUUAAAACUGAUUUUAAAACAGCUACUGCCUUUAAAAUAAGUGAUUUUUUUUCUUGUAAUUAGAACAUCAGUGGUAUUAUAAUCUAAAUUACGUGUAGGCAAAGUGAAUCAAUUAACAGAGCUCAGUACAGAUUUCAACUUGCCCUGUUGGUUUUAAAGCUACACAGAAGUUGUAACUCUGUUAUUCACUAAUGUACACGGAUUGUUACAAUUUUUAAACAUUCUGGAAAUGUAGCAGUUUCUUUUGGUAGGAAAUAAAAAUAAUAGCAAAUUGACUGGA